AAUGAUGAAAGAAGUCGGUGGAUACUUUACGGAAAAUCUGCUGGGCGGCCUAACCCGAAAAAGAAAUCAGGAACUUCUGGGUUUAACACAAUGGCUUCUUCCGAUGAUAUCGAGCUUGAGUUUUCGGUGAACGGCCGGAAAACCUGGUCAACUCAUAGUGCCCAAAACACGUACAACUUAGAUUUCGUGAAAAUGAUCCAAACAAACCAAGAAACUCAAGUCUCCCGACGUAUGAGACGGCGUCCCAAAGCUGGGAUACUUACUCCUGGCUCGGGUCCUAUAGGAGACUACACUCCUACACCAAUGCCUGGGACUUCUUUUCUUAAAAGGUACAAGUGGCAGUUUAUGGAUGAACAUAAUAACUGGAUCGAAUACGGCAAAGUCAGUUCUGGUAAUGACCAAUCUUGUGUAGUAACGUCCACGUCCGCAGACUUGGAGCGACAAUUCUCUAAAAAUCCUACUUCUGUGAUCCAACUCCAGAGCAACACCCAUAAGUACAGCCUCGAUUUUGCCUCAAUGAAGCAAACUAACUUGCAAACUCAAGUUACCAGGAAUGUACGAAGGAUUGUGGAGGACCGGGAUCCUUCUCCAGGUUUGAGUUUCCUAAAUUUGUUUCAGGACGAAAACGAGAAUGAAAUACUCGGUGACGAAUAUGAGUGGUUUUUCUUCGACGAAAACAACCAGUGGAUCAAGUAUGGUCAAACUAGCUCCGGAAAUGAUGCAAAUUGCGUUCCUUUUCAAGGAUCUGAUGAAAUCGAAAAGCAUUUCAGGAGCCAGCCUGAUCAGGUGAUGACGAUUAAAAGUCGCCAACACACAUACGAAUUGAAUCUGGCUACCAUGACUCAAACAAAUGUAAGUACUAAAGUACAGCGUCCUAUGAGUCGUAUGAUUAAAAAUUCUGAUGGUACUAACGGAAAUGUGGCCGUGUCCUUGCAAGUAGCUUACGAAUGGUACUUCAAAGAAGACGAUGGGUCUUGGGUUAAGCAUGGGUCCAAAGGUAAUUCCGUCAACGCCGGCGAUAUCGAAAAGUAUUACCGAUCUAACCCCACCUCUAACUACAACUUCACUGCCGGAAACCAGUCGUACGUUUUGGAUUUUGUCAACAUGACACAAACUAACACCUCUACGGGCAAAGUGCGAGAGGUACUUCGACGUAAGCAGGUCGUAUCCAUGACAGGUGCUGCUUGUGGUUCAUCUAAUAACCACGUAUCAAACCAGCCAUUCGGUCAAAUCCCUUCCGGACAGGCGUGUUCUGCGACUCCUCUCGCAACAAAUAAUCCUGAAUACGCCAAAAUUCUUGCUCUGUUGAGGUCCCACAUUCAGAAUUGUAGUCCCAAUAAUAUUCACAAGGUCAACAACCCCUACCUUAAAGCAGCGUUUGAUAUCAAAAAGUCUCAAUUGCAGAGUCAAUACCCGAGUGUGGCUUACAGAGAAGAGCGCCUGUUCCACGGGACAAAAUCAGCCAACAUCAAAGCAAUACUUGAAGAAAAUAUCGACUGGAGACUUCAUGGAUCAAAUCGAGGACAAUCAAUUGGAAGAGGAGCCUAUUUUUCUAACAAUGCCCAGACUUCUCGUGGCUACGGAAAUGCCAUCUUCAUUUGCAAGGUCCUCGUAGGCCUCGUGACGACCGGCAACUCCCAGACCGUUAAGCCGCCAAAAGACAGCUCCAACCGCCCUUUUGACACCACCGUGGACCAGCCAGCCAACCCGUCUGUCUUUGUCAAGUACGAUUCUCAGGAGUACUACCCUGAGUACUACGCUGAGUUCUGAGGCACCUAACCCUGAGUAGUACGCUGAGUUCUGAGGUACUUAACCCUGAGUAGUACGCUGAGUUCUGAGGUACUUAACCCUGAGUAGUACGCUGAGUUCUGAGGUACUUAACCCUGAGUACUACGCUGAGUUCUGAGGUACUUAACCCUGAGUACUACGCUGAGUUCUGAGGUACUUAACCCUGAGUACUACGCUGGGUUCUGAGGUACUUAACCCUGAGUACUACGCUGAGUUCUGAGGUACUUUACCCAGAGUACAACAACACUGGCGCGAAAGAAUGGAAACCCUCUUCUCAUACUUUUUUCCGGUACUACACAUAUAAUUACCAAUUUCGUUAGCAAUGCAUCUAUAUAGUGGGUUACCUGGUACUAGGUAUAUUUUACAUUCAUUUCUUCUUUGCAAUUCCCUUACAUUCGUGUGUUCACCAAAGUCGAAAAUUUCAAUUA